AUGGAUAGCUACGAUUUGAAAAGUUUUCCCGGAAAUAAACUCGAGGAACUUUUCAAUCAAUCUGCGCCGAGACAGAAUGAAUUCGAGAUACCCGCAAUGACUUACAGUGCAGAUUUAUGCACUAACAUAUGGCCAACAGAUGAUAUGGUGGAUGGGCAAUACAUACCCUUCAUGACGAUGUUUCCUGACACAGAUUCGCCACUGGAGGAAUCAACAGGCGAAUCGUUUGGGAGGCCCGACUCGAGUCCACCACCGGAGCAACAAGUUGUACGUUACGAGCCGGACGUAGCGUCGAACGAUGAUCUAGAGUCUGAGAUCAACCAACAGGAAGAUUCUUUGUGCGAAGGAGAGUCGCGAGACGUUGCGACAGAAAUAUAUGGUCCAGAAAGCUCAAACUGUCCAGAACUGCCACCAAAGACUGUUCGUGCGAAGAGAAUAUUGGAUAUGGCAACACUUAUUGCACCAGGACCGGACAGCGAGUCUGAGCUGAGCUCCUCUUCCUAUCAGAACGGACUCUCAGUCUUCAGCUAUGGAGAAGUGAGCGAAGUAAAGACCUCGUUUGGAGAAGAGACUGAGAACGUCCCGUUGGAAGGUAAGAAUCAGAUUCUUUUUUUCAGUUCCGACCCAGUCUCCGAAAAUUCUGGACAUGAGAAUUAUACCAAUUCCAGUGACGUUGCAGAGGUAGACAAGAAUGCUCUCAAUGACACAACAUGCGCGGGUGGAAAGCACAGAGCACACGACGAGAGAACUAAGCAACUCAGUGCCAGGAAAUACACAAAACAGGUAUGGGACAGCUACGACCUGCAGCUCGAUCGAGAAUGUCGCUUCAUGAACGCCAAUGAUCUAGGAUAUCCCUGUCCUCGUUGCGGCAAGGUAUUUGUCCGAAACGAUAACCGGAGGCGCCAUUUUCGGUCGGCGCAUGCAAUGGUUCGGCCCUACAAAUGUCCUCAGUGCGGUCGGGAUUUCUCCCGGUCAGAUAACUUGGCAAUGCACCUUCGUUCACACGCCAUGAGAGGACGUGUGGAGAGAUCCAAGAUCCCCCAGUCCAUCCACCAGCAAACAUGGUUCUAUGCUUCAAGCGAUCUUUUCUAA